AUGGCUACCGCUGGGCCGUAUAAUUAUUCUUAUAUUUUUAAAUACAUUAUUAUCGGUGAUAUGGGAGUAGGAAAAUCUUGCUUACUACACCAGUUUACGGAAAAAAAAUUUAUGUCUGACUGUCCUCAUACUAUUGGAGUCGAAUUUGGCACUCGUAUAAUAGAGGUUGCAGGACAGAAGAUCAAAUUGCAGAUAUGGGAUACUGCUGGUCAGGAAAGAUUCAGGGCAGUUACUCGUAGUUACUAUCGCGGUGCUGCAGGAGCGUUAAUGGCAUAUGAUAUCACUCGCAGAAGUACUUACAAUCAUCUGAGUAGUUGGUUAACAGAUGCUAGAAAUCUUACAAACCCAAAUACGGUUAUCGUAUUGAUUGGAAAUAAAUGCGAUCUCGAUUCACAGCGGGAUGUUACAUACGAGGAAGCCAAGCAAUUUGCUGAUGAAAACGGUCUUCUUUAUCUUGAAGCAAGUGCAAAAACCGGUGAGAACGUAGAAGAAGCAUUUCUAGAUACUGCAAAGAAAAUUUAUCAAAAUAUCCAAGACGGCAGCCUGGAUCUUAAUGCAGCGGAAUCUGGAGUACAACAUAAACCGACCAACUCUCGCGGUACUACAACAAUAACAACAGACCAACCAGUUAAUGAAAGCAAAUGUGCCUGCUAA